GUGAGCAGCCCGAGCAGGGAUGGACAUGAUGCUGUUGGUGCAGGGUGCUUGUUGCUCGAACCAGUGGCUGGCGGCGGUGCUGCUCAGCCUGUGCUGCCUCCUACCCUCCUGCCUCCCGGCUGGACAGAGUGUGGACUUUCCCUGGGCGGCCGUGGACAACAUGAUGGUCAGAAAAGGGGACACGGCGGUGCUUAGAUGUUAUUUGGAAGAUGGAGCUUCAAAGGGUGCCUGGCUGAACCGGUCAAGUAUUAUUUUUGCGGGAGGUGAUAAGUGGUCAGUGGAUCCUCGAGUCUCCAUCUCAACAUUGAAUAAAAGGGACUACAGCCUCCAGAUACAGAAUGUAGAUGUGACAGAUGAUGGCCCAUAUACGUGUUCUGUUCAGACUCAACAUACACCGAGAACGAUGCAGGUUCAUCUCACAGUGCAAGGUAUGCAUUUCCAUAACUGCUAUAUUGUGAAGGACUAUGCUUAG